AGGGCUGCUGCAGAAGAGAACAUGAAACAAGUGAAAUGCUACAGAUGCAACCGAAUGGGUCAUAUGGCAAAGGACUGUCCACUAAUAGAAUUUGGUGCCUGGUUUUGUUACUACUGCCAGGAAGUACGAGGUCACAAGGGUGAUAAUUGUCCGAGUGCCGAAGCCCAGGCGAACAGAGCUAGAGGAAAAAGAUAAAGAGGAAACUUAGAGAGGAUCCGUGGAUCGCUCGCCCAAAGGGAGGGAGUGUU